CUGCAAAACAAGUUCUCACAAAAGGGGAAGGAAUACAAACAAAUUUGUCCUCUCACUUCCUGUAAAGUCAUUAUAAGACAAUCUUUUGGGUUUAAACUUUGGGGGACUAUACAAUGCUUGAAGCGGUAGCCUGCCCAUAGAAGAAAAAAGCCAUGCUGUGUGAAGGCAGACUGUGGAGUGUGAUCUACAACGAAGGUGAAGAGAGUCGUCAGGAUGAUGUCCCCGGUGGAGCUGCUCAUGGUUCAGCAGACGCAUUCAGACAUAGACAGACUUUCCACACUGAACACAGCUCGUGCCCUGGCCCUCUGAAAAGCCCAGGCGCUUCAGGGCCCCGGCAGAUCUCCUCUCUGCAGUCCUUGGAUUUGGAACGAGUCUGGCCGGAUAGACAGAUCUCUCCUGAAAUGGAAAUCCCAGCUCAGGGCCACUCUGCCGGUGACGCCCCCUUCCUCGUUCCCUCCUUCUGUAACAGCAUUUGCCAAAACUACAGUGACCUCCACAUCGCCGGUGACCAAGUCCUCCCUCUGUCGGCAAAUGUGGGAGAAUUCUGCCCCAAUAAACUCCAAACUGCUGGACCUUUACUACAUUCUUAUGACGUCUUACCCCCUCUGGAGCAAUCCCCCCAAGGUGGACACUUCUUUCCCGUCAAACAGGGGUCUCAUCAGUGGAGACAGGGAAGUGGACGUGACCGGAGUUUCUUUUUGCAAGGGCGUGAAGGUCCUUUCUCCAACUCCCUCCUGAAUCAUUACCUGGAGCAGAAACUUCAAGAUCUUUAUCAGCAGUACAUGAUGGAGAAUAUGGCUAAGGAGGGUGCACAUGGAGGCCCCAUGUGUCCCUUGUUGGGUUCGGAGCUGGUGUUGACAAGCCUGGAUCAGAUCACACUGCAGUUGAGCAGAGAGGUUAACAUGGAGGCGGGAGCGGCCAAAGAUAUGGUUUUGAGCUGCUUGCUUCGAGUGGCAGGGGACAUGCAGUCUAGUGAGAUCAGCACGCCAUUUCUCCAGAUCUCCAAUGAAGAGAUGCCCUCGAAGGAGAAGGAAAUGGAUGAGAAAUAGUGGUAAAGGUAACCCUCUGUCAAGAACAACAAUUGUUGAUGUGUUAUUAAAUGCUGAAAUGAUAAUACAAAUGUGGACUGCAAACCACUGAAUACUGUACUGUGUGCAUGUGUAUGUGACAAAUAAACGUAAACUAUAUUUUAA